AUGCCCUACAAAGAAAAAGCAGUUGGAAAGGUGGACAGGGUUGCAAAGAAUCUCAGUCACCUUGAGACUGAGCUUCGUCAUAUACAGCGUGAGUCAGAUUUCGAAGUUAUGGAAGGGAUGGGAGUAACAUAUGUGUGGGUAGGAAAUGAUCAUCACGGAAGGCUCGGCCCCACAGGGCAUAUAAAGAAGCUGAUCGACAAACCCAAGGGUCAAGCAGGACAAUCAGAACUGAAAGGAGGAUACAGUCUCCAACAGGCCAUGGGAUUGGCUGGUGAUAACCGGAAAUAUAAUGUGUUUAGAACUCUCAAAGAACAGCCCAAACUCACGGUGACACUCCUUUUAUCAUAUGCACAGCGCAAACACCUAUUUCUAGCAAAGUUCUGCGAUAAUUGGCCAUUUCAUGACUUUAUUGCCUCUUAUCUUUGCAAUCAUGUCCAGUACACCAAGAAGCGGCAUGCAGAUUUAGACGACUCAGAGAUGAUUCAGAGACCGAUGAGGAGAGGAGCUCACGACCUCAAAAAAAAGCUCAAGUUUACACAUGUGUCCAUUCCUGCUCGUGCAAAGCCAGCUCCAGCUCCUCGCAUGAAGCCUGCUCCUCAUGCACAGUCUGUUCCUCAUGCACAGCCCGCUCCUCGCACAAAGCCAGCUCCAAAAUCAAAGAUGACCCAGGUUCCUGCUCGCCAUCUGGACGCAAAGCCAAAACCAAGGCCAAUAUCAUCAUCAGGCACACGCACCACAAAGGUUGCAAUGGAAACUCCACCAACCACCGUGGGCAAGCCGGAAGCAAAACCUGUGUCUAUUCCUCGUGACACUCACGCCAAGACCAAAUCCAAACCAGCAGAAGCCUCUGCUGCGCAUCUCAAGAUUGUCACUACCGUCAACGAUGAUGAUGAUGCUUACGAGUUUGCUGACCUUCCCUUGGUCUGUCCGAGUGACAGCUGCAAGGAUCUUGUGCCGGCGGAUCCCACUAUUGAGCUGGUCAAACAGCUCCGGCAGUGGAACUCUUUCAAGACCACUAACCGCUGCUUGACCUCAGAGGAAAGGCUCAAUAUGCAACGCGCCAAAGCCCGAGGAUGGCCAACAAUCAUUAUAUGGGAGAACGUCUCAGAUCGAGUCCUCCAAAUGGAGGCCAAGUUGGAUCUCAUGAUUCAUGAUCAAAACACGAGGCACUACAGUUUUUUUAAUGACAUGUUUCUUGAAGAUCUUUCUUCCACAGGUCUGAAGAGCAACUCCACCGAUCGAGAGUUUUCCAAGCUGGCCAUCACUAGCCGACAUCGCAUACCAACGAUGGUUACAAAUCACGCUCGUCCUGGAUACUACGGGGAGAAAGGAAAAGCGAUAAUCCAGUCCGCAAUAUUUUCCAUGUUUGACCACGAACAGACUUCCAACGAGGCCUUCGCUCCCCUUGACUUCAAGGCCUACAUCGAAUACUACCUCAUACCUUGGGUCGCUAUCCACUUAAUUUCGAAAGACCUCGGAUGCAGUCUAGAAGAGGCGUAUGAAGAGAUGAUUGCCAGUGCUGAUUCAGGUGUUGCUCUGCAUCCAAUGGCUGAAGAAGACUCACGUAUCGAGAAAAUCACACGCCAACACUGCGUCUUGGCUGCCGAGAAACGUGUUCAGAAGGUCGAGCGCUUCCGCAAGGAGAUGAAUGAUGAAAUCGAGAAGGCGAAGGAGGAACAGAGGGUGCACGACGAAUUAGCUGCAAAGAUUUCCUCUAAGCAGCGUGUGCACAAAGUGCCCAUCGCUUCCAAAUCGCAAUCAACAGCAGGUCCCUCUAAAUUUCCUGGAUCAUAUGACAAUGCAGCAUAUCAAGAUGACAGUGAAUCGGAGCUCUCUGAACUGCCCGAGAGCAUCCAGGCUACUCCGGUACUGCGGCCUAAAUGUUCACGUGCACGACCAGCCAGGCAAAGGUCAUACAGAUGA